GGGCGGGGCUUGCGGCGGGCGGAAGGCGGCGGCGGCGGGGAGGGCCGGGGCCCAGGCCCGGGCCCGGGCGAGGGGCCGCGGGCGGGAGGCGGAAGAUGGCAGAGCCGGAGGCGCAGCUGCUGCUGGGCGUGGGGCUGGUCGAAAAAGACACCAAUGGAGAUGCUUUGUGGGUUUGGUGUUAUCCAUCCAUAACAGCUGAACUGAGGAAUCUAUUGCUGAGAAAAUGCUGCCUUACAGAUGAAAAUAAAUUGCUUCAUACCUUUGUGUUUGGCCAGUAUAAAAGAUCAUGGUUCUACAUCACAACUGUGGAAGUUCAAGAUUCUCCAGCCUUGAAAAAGGUGACCCACUUUUCUAUUGUUCUGACGGCCAAAGACUUCAACCCAGAGAAAUAUGCAGCCUUUACUAGGAUACUGUGUAGAAUCUACAUGAAGCAUGGGACUCCAGUUAAAAUGAUGGAGAGUUACAUUGCAGUCCUUACAAAGGGGAUCUGCCAAAGUGAAGAAAAUGGAUCUUUUCUCAGCAAAGAUUUUGAUGCUCGGAAGGCUUACCUUGCUGGUUCCAUCAAAGAUAUAGUAUCUCAGUUUGGAAUGGAAACAGUUAUCCUUUAUACAGCACUGAUGUUAAAGAAAAGAAUUGUAGUAUACCAUCCUAGAAUAGAAGCUAUCCAGGAGUUUACCAGGACUCUACCUGCUUUAGUGUGGCAUCGACAAGACUGGUCAAUUCUUCAUUCAUAUGUACAUCUAAAUGAAGAGGAAGUAGAAGCCUUAAAAGCCUGCACAGGUUACAUUGCUGGAUUUACAGAUUCUGAAGUGAGCAGUAGACUGGACCUCUACGAUGUGUAUGUGAAUUUGGCAGAUAGCGAGAUCACUAUUUCCCCUGGAGUGAAAGAGGCAAUGACAAUGGGAAAACUUCACAAAGAAAUAGGACAACUAAUUGUUCAGUCUGCAGAAGACCCAGAUAAAUCAGACAACCAAGUCAUUAAGGAUAUUUCACUGAAGACAAAAGAAAUCUUGACUACUUUAGCAUCACUCACGGAAGUUUCUGAUGGCAAUGAAAAACCAACCCUUAACUGUGAAGCCCUGAAACAAAAACGAUUUCCACCAGCUACAGAAAACUUCCUUGUUCAUUUAGCAGCUGCUGAACAAAUGCUUAAAAUCUGAUUUUGGUGCACUUCAGUGUUAUGGACCAAUAUGAAAAAACUCUCUUUGCCAUACAAAUCAGAAUAUCUAAAUUUUAUAUGGAAAAAUUAAAGGUAUAAGAGUGAAUGUCAUAUUUACCAUGAUAUAAUGCAGAAUAUCAGAGCUUGACCUGGAACAUAUGGAGGCAUAUAUGGCAACAUUCCUGAUGUCUUUUUCUUUUCCUGACUAUAACUUCGUAUAUAUAGCUCCCGUAUUUCAUAUUAUAAUGCGGGUGUAUACACAUGCAGCAUGGUUCUGUGUGUCUAGGCUGGGCCAGACAUUAUAGUGGCCAUUUGUCCUGCAGGUUUCAGAUGUCGGAUAACUCUGUUAUUGCUCUGACUUGUCUUCCUGAUAUCUGGAACGCAGGCUGCAGCAUGUGUGCUGUAAAAUCAAUGCAUUUUGGACAUGCUUGUCUCUGUGCAGGGAUAUACUGAACAUAUAGUUGGUCUGUGUGCUCAUUCUGGGCUUCCAGGUAUGUCAGCCUGUAAAAUACAGCUCUUGCUCUGAACUGCCUCAUAUCUGGAAAUCCCAAACAAAUGGACAAGUUCUCUUCUUUCUGCUUGAAAGUACUAAAGUAUAAAAAAAAAAAGGAUGUCUGGGAAAAUCUGACAUGGUAGCCUUAUAAUGUAAAGGAAAAGGUGUUUUAAAGCUCAAGUGGGAGUUGAGCACCUCUUUCGGACUAUUGCCUUAGAAGUUCCCCCCUUUUCACUCCAUCCCAUGCCUCUGAUGAAAGGAGAAGAGGACAGGAAUACUGUAUUUAAAAUGGGAUUUCCUGAGGGGUUGUGGACAACUGCUACUUUACAGCUGGAGCCAUUUAAAAAGCUGUUAGGGCUCUCAGUUGAGAAGCCCAGAUAACCAGCCAUGCAUUCCUGAUCUCUUUGAUAUAAAAUCAGAUUAGUUAAAACCUAAUGGACUGGGAAUGAUCAAAUAGUCCAUUACCACAGAUAGAGCAUGAACUUGAUAAACUGCUUGAGCUAUAACACAGGCACUAUCUGAUUGUGCACUGUGUAAACUGAAUGUAGAUGGAUAUUUUCAAAGUAACAGUGAAAACUGGGAAAUAGUUUAGAUAAAAUUAAAAUAUGUGUACUUGUUUGGUUGCAUAGCCAUAACUCAACAGUUUUUUGGGUUUUUUUUUUUCAUUAGGCAGCCUAAAACUAACUGUUUUGUAAUCUUCUGGGAAGACCUUAAAUUCUUUGUAGGGAAAUACUCUGAGCCAAACAACCUGUAUUUCUUCAGAAAUAUCCACAAAAGUCAGUCAGUUCUGCAGUAGCACUUUGUUAUAUGAAAAAAUAACCUUUUUCCUGGCCUUUGUACAGAUAGGCUGUAGCACGUGGUUUUACAUAGAGAUUUUAUACUUAUGAUUAAAACUUUAGUAAUCAAUAUUUAUAUUGUUAAACAAUUGGAUGUUUGUUAUUCUGAAACUGUUAGAGCUCAUCACUAACUAUGUACAAGCAAUAUUAGGUUGAGAAAGGGUCAUCCUUUUGCUAUGUAUCAUAUAUUAGGGAAAUCUGUUUUAGAAUGUGGAUAAGGAAUGUGGCAACUAUGUAUACAAUGGCUAGUUAUUACAGUUAGUAAAUGAAAGGACUUCAAAAUACCCCCUAUUUUCAGGGGUGUAUAAUUCUACUUUAAACAUCUAUUUGGUAGUUUAAAUUCUGAACAGAGAAGUGUAUACUUUUGGGGUUUGUUUUCUUUUCUAAGAAAAACACUGCAAUUGCCUUCACUUGCCUGUAAGUGCUCUGCAGCUUUUCCCCCAUUUGCAUAUUAGUAUUUUUUUCCUUGAUGGUUCUUUAGCAUUGCUGUCUUUGUUUCAGGACUUUUGUAACAGUCAGGAAGAAAAUACUGCAAGAUUAUGCCGAAAGGUCCGUUCGGGAUCUAUUCUGAAGUCUGCUGAAAUACAAGUCAUUCACUAAGAAAAACCUGAGCAUGCUUUGAAUCAGAUGUCUUAAUGCCACAUAGUUACUGUGAAGAAACUCACAUAGUUUCUUUUUAACAAAAAGCCUUAAGGUAUCUAAUUAAGGUAGCAUGGGUGUUAAAGACAACCACAAAAAGCUGAGAAGCUCAGUUACAAAUGAUACAUCCAAUGUUUAUUUUGUUUUCUGUUUUGGAAUCUUCUAAGUUGAAAAUCUCAGUGUUGUGUUAGAUCUUGUAUUCUAACAUUUGUGUGAAAACAAAUGAAAUAUAAUUUUGCACUUAAGGAACCGGACUCAUAGCAUGCUUAUGCCUAUUAAAAAAAAAUCCUGAACAGCCUA